CGCAAUCCGAUAUACUAAGAUGGCCACGAUUGGUACUACUGUGCAUGUACCACGGCUGGCGAAGGACGAUCUUGCCGCUUCCGGGUUUCGCCUGGGGACUUUUCGCAGGUAUUGCGGGCAAGUAUCAGUGCCUUCUUUUCGGUCUCUGCUCACACGUCCACGCCUCUCCAACGAUCUUAUCGGGACCGGACAAAAUUCCCCUGAGUCAACCUAAAACAUGCAGUCGAGAC